CGAGAGGAUGUAACUUUGUUUGCAGAAGCACAACGCUACAUGCAUGGACUGCUUUGCGGAACCAGAGUUCAUAACCAUUCUUUUGUCCAUGUAAACUACAGCAAGGAGUGUAAAAGUCAAGCUGUGCAGUCCCUGAACAGCCUGAACGACCAGAUUGCCAGCUUCAUGGUGAACGGGCCCAAAGCUCUGGAUGAUGAAGAUGACGCCUUCCUGCCCACAGAGAAGGAGACCCUGAAGAAGUCCAUGACGUUGAUGAGACAUCUGCUCAUGGAUGCCCAGGCCAAAAUCCUAAAAAUGAUGGAUGACAACAAGCAGCUCGCCCAGAGGAUCGAUGGGGCCAUCCAGUCAGCCAGCCAGGAGGUGACGAACCUGCGCUCGGAGCUGAGUGCCACAAGCCGCAGGCUGGCCGAGCUGGGGGCCGGAGAGCCUCCCGUGGUGGAGAACAAUCAGCACAACCACCACGACCUGUCUGUCCACCAGAGACAGAAACCCGUGACGGACGUUUGCUUCAAAGGGGACAUAACAAGCCUGAUGAACUUUGGAACACCUGAUUCCUCUUUGGAUAAGGCGCUGCUGCGGGAGGAGGUCGCUCAGCUCCAGGAGGAAGUGCACCUGCUGCGCCAGAUGAAGGAGGUAUUGACCAAGGACCUGGAGGACACCCCGGGAGGCUGCUCUGCCGAACGGCUGUCCGCCACCGAACUCCGCGUCCAGCUGGCCCAGAAAGAGCAGGAGCUGGACCGAGCCAAGGAGGCGCUGCAAGCGAUGAAAGCGGAUCGCAAGCGCCUCAAGGCGGAGAAGGCGGACCUGGUGAACCAGAUGCAGCAGCUGUACGCCACGCUGGAGAGCCGCGAGGAACAGCUGAGGGAUUUCAUCCGCAACUACGAGCAGCACAGAAAAGAGAGCGAGGACGCGGUGAAGGCGCUGGCCAAGGAGAAGGACCUUCUGGAGAGGGAGAAAUGGGACCUGCGGAGGCAGACCAAGGAGGCCACGGAGCACGCCAGCGCUCUGCGCUCCCAGCUGGACCUGAAGGAGAACAGGAUCAAGGAGCUGGAGGCGGAGUUGGCCAUGAUAGGUAAUUGUGUGGCUCAGAAAAUGGAAUACCGGGUGUUUGAUCGCCCAGAGGAGCGGGAGCCCUCCACCAGGGUCAAGGCGGCCAAGCAGUCUCUGGCCACCCUGACCAAGGACGUGCCCAAGCGCCACUCGCUGGCCAUGCCCACCGAAGCCGUCGUCAAUGGCAACCAGGAGUGGGUGGUGCAGGCGGACCUGCCGCUGACGGCCGCCAUCCGGCAGAGCCAGCAGACGCUGUACCACAGCGGACACCCGGGGCACCCCGCCGACCGGCAAGCGGCGGUUAGGGUGAGUCCCUGCCACUCCCGCCAGCCCUCCAUCAUCUCGGACGCUUCGGCGGCCGAGGGCGACCGCUCCUCCACGCCAAGCGACAUCAACUCCCCCCGGCACCGGACCCACUCCCUCUGCAAUUCUCUCGAGGACCUGGAGGACCAGAAGCGUAAGAAGAAGAAGGAGAAGAUGGGCCUGGGCUCCCUGUCACGGGUCUUCGCAAGGGGCAAGCAACGUAAAUCCCUGGACCCGGGACUCUUCGAUGGUACUUCCACCCCCGAUUAUUACAUAGAGGAGGACGCAGACUGGUGAUGUCCCCCCCCCCGACCCCUCCCCCACCUUGUCCCGUGCGCGUCUGUGUGUGCCUGUGUACCGUCUCACCGGCAGACAGUGGCUGAAAGAUCACGAGUGUAAGUGGCCCCCUGUAAGCCCCACCCCCUUUUAUUGAUGUAUAUAUUGCCAGUAGAAAUAACUCAAAGUAUGUAAAUAGACGCACACACUGAGGCUCUCACACCCACCCACAAACACAUCUGGAAAUAUUCUGUGUGGAUAUAUGAAUUGUCACCUUCGAAAGCGAAUCCUCUGUUUUACCGUUCUACUUGUCUUUAUAAACGACUUCUUUUCGAUAACUGGAAACUUGAAGGACUGCUGUGUAUUUGUAAAUAACAGUCAUUGUGCACUUUGUGCUUGUAAAUGUCCUUUGUCCCAAAUGCAUUGGAUUUUUCUUUU